GACAAGAUUAAUUAUAUUCUGAAAAUGGCUUCAUCAAAAGAAGAAGUGGAAAUUUCUAGACUGAUGAGUUUUCUACAAGAGUGGGACAAUGGCACUAAAGCUGUCCGGCAUCGUAUGUUGAAUGACUUCAUAAAUACAAAUAAAGGUAAAACUGGUCCAGAGCUUGAACUGCAGUUUGCUCAAGGUGCCAGUCUGUUUCUCACAAGAUUGACAGCAUGGCUCAGAUUAACAUAUAUGGUUGGUACCUGUUUAACUGAACAAUUACAAGCCAUUGGUGUAUUUUUGUCUGCAACAAGUGGACAUCGAUAUCUGAUAGAAGUUUUAGAAGUUGGUGGCCUUUUGACGUUUCUGGAAAUUCUGAAAUUGAAACAGUUGCGAGAAGAUAAUAAACAAGAAUCAUUAAAGUUGCUUCAAAUUAUUGCAAAUGCUGGACGAAAGUACAAGGAACUAAUCUGUGAAAGCUAUGGUGUGAGAAAUGUUGCAGAGUGUUUGGCAAAUGCAAAAUUGGAAAAGACCCAAGAACAGGCUCAGAUCUUACUGGAAUUACUAGCACAAGGCAACCCAAAGUAUCAAUUACAAGUGUACAAAGGAUUGAUUGCAUUAUUACCAUGCACCUCCCCAAAGGUACAAAAACUGGCUCUUCAAACACUGAUGACUUUGCAGCCAGUUGUGAAGAUCGUACACCCUUGCAUCGUGGAACCACUUUUGAACAUCUUGAAAACUGUUCACUAUGAAGUGCAAUAUGAAGGAAUCGAAUUUAUCAAGAUGCUCCUGAAUUAUAAUGUACGAAAGGCUCUGCUAGAAGGAUUAGUUGCAUGUCUUAAUCCAUCAACAGAUGACAUAAAGGAUCGACCAAAAAUUCUUGAUGAUCAAUGGAGGCUGGAGCAGACCAAGGCCCAAGAGAUAAGCCAAUUGAUGUCACAGAUAAAUGAACCCACAACAACUCUUACAGAAUCCCUACCUUUGUUUGUACAGCAGACGGCAGCAGCAAAAGUUAUUGGUUUACUCAUUCAAGAAUCUGCUGAGAUAGCUGAGGAAUUGUUGCAACUUAGAGUGGUGCAUCACCUCAUGAUUGCUAUGGGAAAUCUGAAUCAUGCUGACAGCCAAAGACAAGCCAGUUUGACAUUGGAACACCUGGUUCGUACUUUUCCAGUUGUUGAAGAAAAUGUACGAAAAGCCAUAGGAGAAACUCUUUUUGAAUUAUACAUGACAGAUCCUGAGAGAUUUUACUUGAAGAUAGACUUCGUCCAAGCUGCUGUUUUGGUUGGAAACAAAGUCAAUAUUACAGGAAGUAAGGCAGAGUUAACGUUUUUUAAUAAGCAGUAGAAAUAUAUAUUUCACCAGUUGAAUAAUAGCAUUAAUAUAAUAAUUGAUUAUCAUUUACCCCAACAGUUGAAGACGUACCAGAAUAAAACAAUGUUUUUAGGUAUAGCAUGACGAGAAGAAGCUCCUUUUUUAAGCCAUGUAAAAGAUGAAUGCAACAUUUUAAUGAAUCGAUUACACUUUCAAAUAGACUUAAGGUAGAUGGAACAAAAACGUAGUGGAACUUCAUUUUACUUGUGAUUAACAUGCAUUUAUCUACUGUACUUGAAGUGAUUUUAACAAUGUGAAUAUGAGCUAUUGUUUUAUUACCAGCUCUGUACACCAUUAGAAUGAUUAAAUUUCAAUUUCUUAAUUAUUUGAGUAAUUAUAUGAGUGUAUUUUAUAUAAAAUAUACACCGGUAUAAUUUCUGUUAUCAACUAUCCCAUUGUUCCUGUCUUUCAACCUAUUAAAAAUAUUUGA